AUGCUUGCGCUCGUGCUCACCGUCGAUGCAUGCUGCUUGCAGUCGGUGGCCUUCAGCGCGGCGCCGGCGUUCGCGGCCGCGGCGGUCUGGCUCGUCGGCUUCGCUCUGGCGGCGCUCGUGGCCUGCUGCUGCCGGUGCUGCCGCGGCAGCCCCACCAGGGACGACGACUACUCCUACUCGCGCAAGACCUUCGCCGCCUCCCUCCUCCUCCUCCUCGCCUUCACCGCCACCGCCAUGUAA